CGCAGACGGCGCAAUAGCCACUGCAAAGUUUGUUUUUGUUUACCGAAGGAAAAAGUUCUCAGUUGGCAAAUAUUUAUAUUAAUUGUUUUAAAAUUAAAAAUGGUCAUUUUAUCUUUUUAUCUCAGGUUUAUUUCAUAAGUUCAAGAAAGAAAAAGUUAACGAUGAGAACACUGCAGUACAUCUGCAAAACUUCAUUUUCGGUCUUGAAAUAUGAACGUUUUUCUCCAACUUUUAUUCAUUCAAAUGCCACAAUGUUUACUUGCAGCUCUUUAUUUAAGAAUUCAAGGAAAGAAGAUCACUCAACUGAUGCUCAGGCUUGUGUUAAACCAUUCAGUGAAAAUGAUGACAAUACCUGGAUUGGUCCACCUCAUCCGAUAUCAAAUUUAAGAUCUCACGUGUUUCCAAAAUCAGAGAAAUUCUCUGAUGAUGAAAAACAUUUUUAUUCAAAAGCUUUAGAAAUUCACUCUUGGAACCAACAGUAUUGGGAAAAUCACAAUAAAGAUUUUGAACAGUCUAAGAAAUCAUACAUUGACAAAGUUUCCAAGAAAAAGAAACUUGAGAAAAUCGUAUCUUUGACAGCAGAAGAAAUGUCACAUUUUUAUAAAGAGUUUUUGGACAGAAACCAUAAGAAACACAUCUCAUACAACUGGGCAUGGUACAGAAAAAAUUUUUACUUAUUAUUUUUAGCUGCAAAAGCAAAUAUUUCAAAAUUAAGAAGAUUAGUGAGAAAUAGUUGAUUCCUUGUUAGCAAAUUAUAUUAUUUUGUGCAAUAAAAGUAUAUUUAUUGUUU